AUGUUUCGUCGACCAGGGGAAAACGUGCGGACCUAUGACUGGAACCGGGCCCAGACUCGACGUCACUUGGAGGAGAUCUUCUUUGGGGAAAAUGGCUUCAUCCGGGCUGGCAGCAAGGAAUGCGAGGAAUUCUGGCUCUUCCUGGAGCGCUAUCAAAAAUUUCAGGAGAGAGACAGGGAGAAGAAGGCAGAGAUGGGAGGACAUGGAGGGAUAGAGGAUGUGCGUUACCACAUCAACCUGUCGGUGCUGUCGGGGAGCGGCCCGGGCCCGGGGGGUGAACAGUGCGUCCUCCCCGAUGACCAGCGGGCAGCUUUCCGCCUGGCCGUCCUGCACUUUGCAGACUUCGGGCAGAAGCAGGGCUUCAGGCGCCUGCGGCGCCUGCUGGAGGGGCGGCAGGCUCUGCCUGUGGCCGGCUACCGCACCCCGCUGCUGGACCUGUGCCGGGACUGCCCGGUGCUGGUGGUGGCUGGCGACACUGGCUGCGCCAAGUCCACCCAGGUGCCGCAGUUCCUGCUGGAGUCCUGGGGCUCAGGCCGGGCCGGACGGCUGGCCUGCACGCAGCCCCGCCGCAUCGCCUGCCUCUCGCUAGCCCGCCGGGUGGGCUUGGACAGCCUGCAGCCCGGGGCGGUGGGCUACCAGGUCCGCUUCGACUCCUCGCCCACCCCCGGCGCCCGCCUCUGCUUCCUGACGGAGGGGCUGCUCCUGCGGCAGCUGCGCACUGGACCACCGGCGCUGGCGCGUUACCAUGCCAUCAUCAUGAACGAGGUGCACGAGAGGCACCUGCACACCGACUUCCUGCUGGGGGUCCUGAGGCAACUCCUGGACUCCCCCCAGCACCCCGGCCCCCACUGCCUCCUUCGGGUCCGGAUCCUCCUCAUGUCGGCCACGAUCAACAUCAGCCUGUUCUCUCGGUACUGCGGGGGCGCUCCGGUGCUCCAGGUCCCCGGGAGACUGCACCCCAUCAAGAGUGAGGAGGGGAGCUCAGGCUCAGACCGCUUGGACCCGGGGCCGUACCUGAGGGUGAUGCAGACCAUUGAGGAGCGUUACCCGGCGGAGGAGCGCGGAGACCUGCUCAUCUUCCUGAGUGGGGCAGCAGAGAUCGGCAUCGUGGCUGAGGCAGCGCGGACAGUGGCUGCUCUCACCAAGCGCUGGGUUGUCCUGCCGCUGCACAGUGGGCUCUCUGCCUCCGAGAAGGACAAGGUCUUUGUUGUCGCUCCGCCAGGUGUACGAAACUGCAUUGUGGCUACAAACAUCGCAGAUACGUCUGUUACAAUCGACGGUGUGCGCUUCGUCAUCGACUAAGGGAAAGUGAAGGAAAUGAGUUUCAAUCCAAAGGCCAAGAUGCAGCGACUGCAGGAGUUCUGGAUCAGCCGGGCCAGCGCGGAGCAGCGUGCGGGGAGAGCAGGGCACACGGGGCCUGGUGUUUGUUACCGGCUGUACGCCGAGUCUGAUUACCAGGCUUUCGCCCCCUACCCGGUGCCAGAGAUGCAGAGGGUGGCACUCGAUGCCCUGGUCCUGCUGCCUCACAGCCGAUCAGCUGGCUGGAGGUGGUCGGGCCUCUCGUGCACCUGUGCUCACAGCGGCUGCAGUGCCCACCGUCUACGGAAUGUACUGCAGUUACUCGCCCGGGCUACUCUGACAGGACCUGCCAAAAUCACCACCUCUCCCACCAAGCACAAGGGUAGCAGGAGGACCUCAUCAACUGCAGGAUCCUCUCCACGUAGCACACCAUCACAACUUGGAAAUCUAUCACCAAAGGACAGUGCAAUGUAA